AUGGCGGAUACGAACCAGAAACAGAGCAAAACGACGCCGUUUCCACGGCUCUUCACUGCUUUCACCAGCUUCAAAAGCUUCACUGAAAACGACGCCGUCGCGAGCCCAACCUCAAUUUUGAAAAACCCUUUUGGAUCCGAUAACUCGAAAACCCAAGAACCCGAAACCCGUCUCAAGCCCGAACCCAAAAGAAUCGGACUCGCCAUUGUAGAUUCUCUCAUCCAAGAAGAUAACCCAGAACCCGGUUUCUCCAAACCAAGAUCCGGUACAAUCCUAUUCGGGUCACAGCUCCGGAUCCGGGUCCCGGAUUCUCCACGCUCCUCGUCGGAUUUCGGGAUAAAAACGAGGAAUUCUCCGAUAACCUCUCCGCCGGAGAAAUCGGUUUCCGGGUCGGGUCUUGGGUCGCCCCGGAUCUUCACGGGCUAUUUUUCGACGUCCGAUAUGGAAUUAUCGGAGGACUACACGUGCGUGACGUGUCACGGGCCUAACCCGAGAACGAUCCAUAUAUUCGAUAACUGUAUCGUAGAGAGCAAACCCGGCGUCGUUUUCUUCCGGAGCUCCGACCCGAUUAACGAAUCGGAUUAUUUACCACCCGACGGUUUUCUCAGUAGCUGCUGUAACUGUAAGAAGACUCUUGGACCUCGUGAUGACAUUUUCAUGUACAGGUUUGGCUUCAAAACUCAAAUCUAA